AUGUUUAAACCGUAUACGAAGGAAGAGGACAGCUAUACCUGCACGCUGAGCCUAGAGGUACAACAAAAAGCCAAAAGGGAGUUAAAUGAGGACCCAAAAACUCGACUACUGGAGGUCAAAAGUUUGAGAACUCGACUGCAAAAGGUUCCAGGUUUGCUGCCCAGAACGGAUGUCAAGUUUCUCCUACGUUUCUUACGAGCUCGUAAGUUUGACCAGGAAAGGACCUUCGAACUGGCGAAGAGAUAUUACGACAUCCGUAUGCAGUCCCCUGAAAUCUUCAAUGAUUUGAAACCAACUCGAGUUCGUCAUGUUUUUGCAGAUGAUUUUAUUGAAGUUCUCAAACAUCGGAACAACGAGGGAUGUAGGGUUAUCAUUUGCAGACCAGAUAACUGGGACACCAGUCGGUACCCGCUCAUCGAUUUUCUGACAGCACUGUAUCUUGUAAUAGCAAAGAUUGCAGAGGAGGAAGACACACAAGUCUGUGGAGUUCAUUUGAUCAGUUACCUGGAGAAACUGACCUUCAAACAUGCAACCCAGAUCACACCCGGCACGGCUAAGUUUUUUGUCAGCACCGUCCAGGAUGUUCUUCCCAUGAGACUGAAGAGAUUCGACUUCGUGAAGCAGCCAGCCAUCUGGGAUAUCGUCUUCACUGCCUGCAAACCAUUUAUGAAGAGUAAGCUAUUGAGUAGAAUUGUGGCCAACGGAGACAUGUUUGAGAAGCUGCAUGCCGUAAUGAGCCCCGAGUUUCUGCCCACGGAUCUUGGAGGCCAGCUGCCACCACACAGCAACAGGUCGCUGCUGGCCUCAGACACCCAGUUUGAAGAAGACAACAAGUUUGGUUUCGUAAAGAUGAAUGUGAACAGCGGCAAUUCUGUCAGUAAAAGUAGAGAUGCCGACAUGCAAGGACUUGGUGGGACAUUCAAGAAACUGGAGAUAUGA